GAUGGAAAGCUCAUCCUUGGGCAGUUCUACUUUACAGUACGUACGCUAGUGAAACUAAAAAACACGAGCUCGAGUUCGCAAGAGGCCUCGUGCCUUCCACGGCACCUCGUGUCUGUUAUGUCUGUUAUCGCCUUUUGUCGUCGUGACCAAUCGGUUGGCAACUUACUUACUUGGAACCAUCGUGACCUCAGACCACGCGACCGAGAACAAGAGCUACUAAGAGUACAACAGGUCCUUCUCACAAUAGCUUUCCAUUACCAUUACGAUAAUCCCCAUUAUUCAAGCACCUCCUCCUUCUACAGCUUGCCUUCCUCUAUAGACCUGAAAUAGAUACUAUCAUGGACGAAGUGGACUAUGCGAGACAGCCAGCAGCCUGGGACGAACGAGAAGAAGAAAUGGAGGGUGAGCGAGCAACCAGACCCCAAGAGGCUGCUCCACCAAGACCUUUAGGCCCGUAUGAUCCUGGUCGAAUGAGACUGUCAGAAGAGGAGCGGACAUGGGCCUUGGAAAUCAAACAAGCUAUUGAAGCCAAUCCGGAAUUGGAUAACUUGAAUGAUUUUUGCUGUGCUCAGCUGGCACUGACGGAAGAGCCUGGAGAUUUGGAAUCUACGCUGCAAAGAGCCCAUCACUUACAAGAGAUUCGACAAGAAUACAAUGUCGUGGACAGCUUUGAGUGCAGCAAACGGACAGUCCAUCAAGCCUUUGACCGCUUUCCUGGCCAUUUUCUGUCCUUUAGUUUCAGCCACCAAGAGGGAAACUACGUCAUUGUCUUGGAUUUCUCCAAACAGCCCACCACCAAAUGUUUAAAAGCCCUGGCAGAAGGAAAGGAACUAAAGCUGCGAGAAGUCUACUACUUGCUUCAGGCAGUCACACCGGAUUUCGAAGCGAUGCGUAGGGGGCACAUUGUCAUGGCCGAAUGCGUUUCUGUCGAUCGGAACCAGGGCAUGAAUGUUGGCAUGUAUCGGUCGAUCUGGCACAUUAUGCUGGCACACCCCGCCAAGCUGCAAAAAUUCAAACAUUUUCACACGGGGGUCUUUGCACUGCAAUUGGUGUCUGGGACCAAGCGGAUCUUGCCACCGCAUGUGCGGUCCAACGUAGAGGUGGGCUGUAUCUGUGAGUCGGGCUCGUUGGAUAAAUUGUACCUGCAACCCAGCUUUGCCGAAGCCAAUCAGAGAGUCCUACGCCGUUUGGAGGAAACUCUCCAAAGACGGUAUCAAAAUGAAGCAGAGUUUCGGCUGUAGCUAGCUGUUGGAAUUUGAAUGGAAGAGAUAGCAAUCGGAAACAGAACUGGUUAUUACUGUAUUCGCAGUCGUUCUUCAAGAGUUUUCUGCUUGCUUCCCCGGUC